UCAACACAUCCGCGUCGAUAACACCUCCUCUGGAUUAUUUUUACGUUUUUAAGUCAUUUUUUAAUAUUUUUUGUGAUAUAUAAGACUAUUUAUAUAAAGAUGCCAACAAAGCAAGAAACCAUCAACUUCCCCAUUCGCAAGACUCGCACAUCAAACAUGAAAGCAGACAAAACAGAGGAAGUUUUACCCGUUAGAAGAAGCUCCAGGGCACGCACCACAAAGGAAAAUCUCUAUGACAGCCCAAGGAGAUCAACAAGAGCUACCAAAGAUGCCUGCGACAGUCCAUACAGGUCAUCUCGCCGAACAGAAACGCCUACCAGGGUGUCAAGAGCUGCGGCAAGGGACACUGAUGCAGUUACUCCUAGCAAGAGGAAAGCAAGCAUUUCUGAAGUUGAGCACGAAGGCUUAAUGUGCAGCCCAAACAAGCACUUGGUUGUUGAACUGGCUCGUUUGCCAGAGUCAAUAUCCAGCCCAGUCAAGUUACCCCUUAAAGUAUGUCGUCAGCUUCUCAGUGAAGAUUCCAAUCUGGAAAAUUCAGAAAAAACACACAAAGCAUUGUCAGAUAAACCCGUUGAGGAUUUACCUUUAAGUCCAGUUAAGUUUUAUCCAGCUGCAAAUUCACCAGCAAAGAUUCAAAAUGCUGGUUCAAAUAGCCCCCUUAAAUCAUCUAAUAUCAUCAAUAUUGCAAGUCCCCGGAAGAAUAUUAGCAGUCUGAUUUCUAGCCUCCAAAGUCCAUCUAAGUCUCCAACAAAGCCUGUAAGAUUGGGCAGUCCUGUUAAAUCCCCACUGAAACGUCUUGUAAUGGAAAGAGCUGUUAAGUCGCCCUUGAAAGGGAUGAGCAGCCCAGUCAAAUCUCCCCUGAAACGACUUGUUAUGGAUGGACCAGCGAAGUCACCCCUCAAGAAUCUGGACUUUGGUAGCCCCCGGAGAUCGCCUCGUAAAUUAGACCAGGAGAACGCCCAGAGUCCGCGCAGAACUCCAAGGAAACUUGCCAUGUCGCCCCUGAAGUUUAGUAGUCCCUCCUCCAUGAUAUCGAAACUCUCGCUGGCAAGCCCCACUAACAAUAAAAAGAAUGCGGCCAUGGGUAUCUCCAAACCUAAUGUUACGGCAUACAGAGCAGUUCGCCAGAGUCUGAAUACUGGAACUCCCACUACCCUGGUAUGUAGGGAGAAGCAGGUGGCAGAUAUGGAGUCCUUUUUGAAAGAACAUCUUCAAAAUGUUAAGCCAGGAUCAUUGUAUGUUUCUGGAGCACCUGGGACAGGGAAAACUGCUUCUCUAAACUCAAUUCUUGACAGUAUGAAGCUUCCUAACAUCAAGAAGGUCUUCUUGAACUGCAUGACAUUAAGGACUGCUGGUGCUAUAUAUUCCAAGAUUGUAUCAGAGUUGGGUCUCCAGCAGAGAGGGACAGAGAGAGAAAACAUCAAGGCUAUUGAGAAAACCCUAACUUCAGGGAAGAAUCCAGUGCUUAUAAUGCUUGAUGAGAUUGACCAGCUGGACAGUAGGAACCAAGAAGUCUUGUACUCAAUCUUUGAGUGGCCAGCCUUAGCAGGGUCCAAGUUGGUGCUGGUGGGUAUUGCUAAUGCCCUCGACCUAACAGAUCGUAUAUUGCCUAGACUCCAAGCAAGACCAACUUUCAAGCCAAAGUUACUUCAUUUCCCACCUUACUCCAAGGCAGAGAUCAUUAAGAUCAUUAAUCAAAGAAUCCAAGAGGCUGGACUGGGAGAUGUUCAAGUGAUAAAACCAGCAGCUGUAAUGUUUUUAGCCGGCAAGGUAGCAUCCGUUGCUGGAGAUGUUCGCAAGGCUUUAGAUGUGUGCAGAAGAGCAGUAGAACUCUGUGAAAUACAAGCACGGAGGCAGAGUGUUAUAAAACCUACAAAUGGAAGUCCUUCUAAGUCUCCAACAAAGAGACCUGCCCCUCCCCCAAUGAAGAUGGUGGAGGUGCCCCAAGUAUUGGCCAUCUUCAAUGAGGUCUAUGGGUCUCGUGUUAUCUCUGCUGUAACAGAUGCCCCAGAGAGCUUUCCUCUGCAACAGAAGGUGUUGGUAUGCAGUCUGCUGUUGAUCAUGAAGCAUGCUAAGUCAAAGGAUCUCAAUCUGGCAAGGAUAAGAGCUAAUAGGAUUGUUUUCUUGAACAUUAGUCUCAAUAAUUUAAUAUAUCUUCAUUUGCUAUUUCAGAGAAGUCCUUCUAAGUCUCCAACAAAGAGACCUGCCCCUCCCCCAAUGAAGAUGGUGGAGGUGCCCCAAGUAUUGGCCAUCUUUAAUGAGGUCUAUGGGUCUCGGGUUAUCUCUGCUGUAACAGAUGCCCCAGAGAGCUUUCCUCUGCAACAGAAGGUGUUGAUAUGCAGUCUACUGUUGAUCAUGAAGCAUGCUAAGUCAAAGGAUCUCAAUCUUGGCAAGUUCCAUGAUGUAUACACAAAAAUCUGUAAGAAACGAAAUCUCCCGGGAAUAGAUCAGAGUGAAUUUCUGUCGUUAUGUACAUUGCUGGAGUCUCGCGGAAUGCUUCAGGUUAAGAAAGCAAAAGAAAUUCGCAGUUCAAAGGUCAUCUUACGUCUUAAUGUUGAUGAAGCAGAACAGACCCUAGGUGACAGAAACCUCUUAGCAGCUAUACUAGAAGAUAAAGAAAGCUUAGGGAAGCUAUGUAAACAGUGAAACAAUUACUGGAUCUUAAAAGAGACUCAUUAUGUACAUAAGCAUUUCGCUCCCAUUCAUUUCAUUUGGAAAGCAAUUGAUCAUUUUCAUUUAAGAAUCAUUGAGGCAUAAAUUACACCCAAACUGAUCAUUUUAACUUAGUAGAAUUUUGUGAAUAUACUUUAUGUUGUUGAUGACACUGCUUUUUUAGUCAGAUUGCCUGUUGUCAUGUGUUUUAACUCAGUGAAGUAAAUGAGGUUUCAUUUAAAGUGUGCCUGCAUGGAUGAUGUUUUGAUGCCUGUGGUUGCAUGCCAAAGAUAUUGUUUUUUUGUUUAGGAAGGGCAUUUAUGUAAGAAUCUGUUUUAUAGUGAAAAGGUUUGUAUGAAGUGUGCAAGAGGUACUAGUGCAAAUGAGUUUGCAAUGUUCAGUACUAUUUUUAUAUAGAUUUGCUACAAAUUUGAUUUACAAUUUUUAUACUAGAAAUAUAAUUUUCUUGAAUUACAGGAAGUAGCAAAUUGUAUUGUAAAUGGAUCAUACAAAGUGCAAAAUAUUGUGAUUCUAAGUCACAAACAAGACCUCUUGUGUAACUUAUUAAUAGAUUUGAAGCAGUCUUCAUUUCAAAGCUUUAGGCAGAAAAUAUAAAAGUAGUUGUUUAGGGCUUCAUACAUAAUUUAUUAUAAUAUUUUCUGUAAUAAGGAAGAAUAUUGUUUUAAGUAAUUUUUUUCAGAAGUGAAAAGUUUCACAUGAAUCAUUUCCCUGUGUUAAGAUCUGUUUAGUUUGUAACCCAGCAAUUUCAGUAAAAUAAAGAAUGCUGGUAUUGUUUUAUAUGUUGACUUUAUGGCAAAAUAUUGCCCAUAUUAUGGUUGAUAAUAAAGAUCAAUUUUA